AUGGAAGCACACGACUUUCACAUUUUGUGUUCUGGCGAUAAUUUACGAUUCGAAACUAUCGGCUUUCUCCUCGCGACGGCCGGGCGAUCGCUGACGUUCGGCUUCGUUCCGGAUAUCUUCAGUGAUCCUGCCAACAAGGACAUGAAGUUACACUUUGCCGAUGAGCUACUUCGCGCGAGUACGACCUGUCUUUUUCUCACAACGAUGCUUGCGACAGUCAACGACAUAACGAUCUGGAUGUAUUACGAAAACUACCUGUUUACAAUCAUGAUCUGCGGCUACCAAGGUCCACCCAGCUGGCGACGGAUAGGUGAACUGUCGACCCAGAUAUAUGCACUGGGUAUACAUCAAGAGAAGAAAUGUGCUCAUGCUCCGAAAUGGUUGACGGAAACACGCCGUAGGGUUUUCUGUUCAGCGUACAACCAGGACAAGUCGAUAUCCACCUUCCUUGGCCGUCCGAUACGUAUCAGCAAGAGACACACUGACAUCGAGCUUCCACUCGACCUGGCCGAUAAUGAAGUCACCGGUGACCAGGCGACCUUGAACUCUGCCAUCGCAGCGUUGGACGAAGACGGAUGGAAUACCAAAGGCAGAUGGUUGAGAGCGUCUUGGAUCCGUUUACGUCAUAUAUCCCUCCGAAGUCGCGAAGAAAUCCUGGAAUUCUCGCUCGUUAAGAUAGAUGCAAACGCGGAAGCUCAGUUACUAGACAUAUCCGAGCGUGUACGCACUUCCUGGGAGACGCUACCCAAACAUAUGCGAUACUGGAAGACCUGUUGGGAAGACGACGUUCCCACGGUAAUCUGUCUGAUGCUGUCCAUCAUACACCUCACGCAUUGGUACAACGAGUUCAUGAUCCAAAAGCUGCUCGAUUACAGCCCAUUGACGCUCAACACUGCCCUACUGCGCGUCUCUGUUGAUCUUCUUUGCAAUACACUUACCUUGGGUAGAAUACGCGAUCGAUCUUACGAUGUUCAACGCGACAUGCUCAACGCCCUACUGCUGUUUGGUGUACCCGCAGCGUCGGUACUUGCUACAGCAUUGCGCGAGCAACAUCGAACAGGCCAGCAAUUCCCCGCUGAAAUAUCCCGCGCGGAGAUCAUUCGCAUGCUCAGCGUGCUCAUAUCACAUCUUGAUUCAGCCGCACACAUGGAAAACUCUGGAGCUAGGCACGGCGAAGCCAACUAUAACCUCUUUCGCAAGGCGAGCAAGAUUUUCACCAAGGUCAUUGACACAGUCUUGGACACCCGGCCCGCGGAAGAGAUUACCCCAGCGAGUGCUCAGCUUGGGCUUGACCUGGAUCUGGACAUUUUCUCCGGCGCUGGGUUGGAUGGUUUUGAAGGAGGCAUGGAAUUCCCCGGCAUGGGAAUGUCACUUGGCAUGAACGGGAAUGGAAAUGGAAACUUUAGUGAUGCUGCGGAUGAUUGGGGUGCUCUCGGUCAGUGGAAUGCCUUUGGUGGGCCUGUAUAA